GUGCGAGUCAAAAUCCCCCAAUCUCGAUAAGGACCCGCGAAGGGGAACGUAAAAGAUCCAUAACAACGCGCCGAGUCAGAAUCUAGAACGAAAAUCGCCGCCAAAAGCGCUGCACACCACUGAGAGCAGCGUCAGCGCUGCCCCACGCCGCAGGACACGCGCGCUAGCCGAGCGAGCGAAUAUCAAGCGGCAUCACUACGAAAAUGGGCCGCAGCACGCGCAACCGCCAGCCCGGCGAGCGAAGGUACCCUCACGUGGAGCGAGCGGCGAACGCCGUCAAGCAGCAGCACAACGCUUGGGUCCUCGAAGCAGCGGUAAGGAACGGAGGCGACGUCGUCGCUCUAGAUGGCGUCGACCUGAACACAUGCGGAAUACUGGUGCGCGGCGGCAUCGCGGCGGCGCGCAUCCACGUGCCGAACCGGCCGGACUUUGACGCGAUCGUGAGCCGGGAAAGCGACGGCCCUGCGGGCACGGUAUACCGUGCGACGGCGCAGGAGUUUUGCGAAGCCUAUGCGGCGCUGGCACGGCCGCGGCCGCCCGUACGCACGGUCUGGCUCGACGUCAACGCGCGCUGGGGGCUGCACGUCGAGCGGGCCGUCCGUGCGCUCGCGCGGUGCGGUUGCGUCGCAGACCUCUUCCUCACGCUCAGUCGGGGCUACCACGCGCCGCAGCUCCCCGCCCUGCUCGACGCCGUUGAGGCGAUCUUCGGCGAGGAGGCGCCAGGCGCCGCGCUGACGCUCGUCGACGAGCACACGGGCGAGUACGGGACGGGCAUGAUGAUCAUGCACUGGCGCGUCGCCGAGGGCUGGUGGUGGGAGCGCGCGUGGGCCGCGCGCGCGGCGUCGGCGCCGCUGGCGGACCGCCUCGCCGCCGAGGGCCCGGAGGCGUUCCGGAAGCCGCGGAACGUGCGGGCGGCUCACGGGUGAUGGGUG